GAAUAUUACUCAAGGGAUUCCCAUGACGACAUUCUCUCACAGUGCUGCCAAGACGGAGUAUCACACCCUUGUCACACCCCUGUUGCAAGGCAGAGAGCCCAGAAUCCCUCGACAGGAGACCCAGGAGGAGCGCUGGCCCGCCAAGGUGUUGUACGCCAUCAUCAAGGAGGUGCCUCUGCGGCGCUGGAAGGAGUUCCUGCGCCUGCUCUCUUUGCCCGACCGACAUCUGGAGCGUGUGGAUCUGGAGCCAGGCCUAGGCUCCAUGGAACGGCAGUACCAGAUGCUGCGGCUGUGGAGCCAGGGCCCGGCUGCAGGCCUGGAGGAUGUCUACUCUGCUCUGCUCUACAUGGACCUGGCCGGCUGCGCCCACCAGCUGCAGGACAGCCUGGAGCAGCUGCAAGCGCUCCAGUCGAUAGCCCCAACCAAUGACAUCACUGCAGAGAACCACAGAGUCUGGAGGCUUACUUAGCCCUUGUCACAUCACCCCAGCACCACCACAUAGGAUUGUGGAGGCUGCUGGGACAUCACUUAUGACUUCACCCCAGAAUAAGAUCAUACCCAGAUGUGAAUAUGACAUCAUGACAGCAUCAUAAGACCAUGAAGGCUGUUCUUUUCUUCUUCUUUUGAAAUAGAUUUGAGUCUUUUUAUAUUUUAUUUACAGUAAUUCACGAAUGAGAAUGAGAGACUGAUGGAGAGAGUGAAUUAGACAUAGAUCAAACCCCCACCACCAAGGACCAUGUGACAUCAGGAGUCGGCAGUUCUACCACUACUAUAGUCACCGGUGCUAGAGGCGUCCCUCACCCACCGAACUGUAAAUAUGAUGUCACCACCUGGACUGUAGUCUUCCUGUUCAAGUCCCACUUCAGAGACUGGUUACCUGCAGGGUUUGGCAGGUUACUUUCUAAAUGUAAUCCGUUACAGUUA